UGUUCUUCUACAGCGUCAAUUGCCCUUAUGAGAUCUGCAUUAUUUUACUUUUAGGAUGCUUCGUUUUCUAAUUUCGAUCAAAAGGAAAGAAGCAGUAGAUCAUUAAAAAGCGAACAUCUAGCGUAAAUACUUUGUUUGCAAACGACUACGGUACAUCCCUGGUUACUAUAGAAUAUACGUCUUGUGAAAGAAUCAUUGCCUUUUUCAACUAACCAAUUUCGUAAACAGUUCAUAUGCUAAUGAUAUCAAUUGCAAUUCAUUCCAGCCCGCCUCCUAAUUUAUACUAAUCUGAUUAUUCGGGCAUUUCUAAACAAUAUUGGUUGUUACAACAAAAUUUGAAGAACCACCAAUUCAUGAGUUUCAAAGUUGACCUCCGAGUGAUAUGUCUUUUGAAGCUAAAUUAGGUUUAAAAAAGCUCAACCAUAUUCAAUAAGGUGUCGCUUGGUAUUAUUUCAUCUUCACAAUGGGGAAGAAGAUCGCAAAUCUUUUCAAAGGUUUCAAUCCGAAGUCUCCUUAAAUCUUCGAAUCCCAAUUUCUCUUUGAAAAUACCUGUAAUCAUUUGAACCCAAAACGUUUGAUGUUUUUUAAACUUUGGCUGUAAUUCAGUUUGUAAGUAAUAAAUGGCCUUAACCGGAUCCUUAAAUUUUAGCUCAUAGAACCUGAGAAAAGUUAGCUUUGGUUCUACAAUCCUCAUACCUUUGGAUAUGCAAUUCUAAAAGAACUUGUUCAUAUACUGUAUCUUGACCCCAUUCUUCAUUAAUUUGGAGUUUCCAAAAGUCUUUCAGUUUCAUUGGUUUUAAAGGAUGAGAGCUAGCAUUUCCACCAGAAAUGUAGAAUGUUUCAGUCUCCCAAUUAACUGCCAAAGCAUGACCAAACCUGUCGUAAAUUAGCCCCUUCCUGAAAUUUGAAAAAAAUAGAUCUUACCUUGCACAAGGAUGCGGAUUACCGAUUUUCUCAUUUAUAUCUAUAACCUUUUUCCACUGCUUCUGUUCGAUAUAAUAAGCCCAUAUACUUGGCUGCAGGAUUUUAUGAUACUCUCGUUGUUCAUAUCCAUAGAAGGCGAAAAUCCUCUUUUUUUUUUCAUCAAGUGAACUCCGUUGACAAAACGCCGGAUAUGGACAAUCUUUGCCACAUUGGGACCAAUCAUGGCUUUGCGCUUCCCAACUGGAAGUGUCAAUAAUAUGCAUGUCUGCAAGGAAUUCCUGGUCAUGGGUUUGCCCGCCAAAGACAUAAAUAAGAUCUUCAUCUGCUGCGUAUUCCAUACAAUGGCCCAUUCUUUCGGUAAGCAAAUUCAUGUUGGCAUUCAAAGAUUUAAAAGCAAUCAACUUUCUUUCCCAAAUGCCAUAAUCUACAUAAUAUAAAUAAAAGGUCUCAAAGACCAAGUCCCCUGGAUCCCAUUUGCAUCCUCCACAGACAUAUAGUAUAUUCUCCUUUUCGUUCAAGGUCAUAGCCUGGUCAAAGAUAGCCAUUGGACCUUGCUCUAUAGAUGUGUCUUUAGACAAGCAAGUCCAGUAUCCUUUUUUGAUAUUGUAUUUCCAAAAAUCUGGUUUGACAUCUGGGCUUACAAGACUUCCUCCUGCGGUGCCGAAAUAAUUACCAAGUAAAUAAAUACAUUGCCGCGAAGAAUCUAAUACCAUUCGAUGACAUACACGUUUUCCUGGAGGUCUUAAUCUGUUAGAAAUAUAAAGGUGACUAAAAUCAUACUGAUUAGGUCCCAGGAGGCUCCAACUUUGAGUUUCGACGGAGAAUUUCCAAAGGUCAGAAAACGUCUCAAUUCCGUCCCAUCCACCGUAAUGGUAAAUACUAUUGUCCUAAUUUGUUUAGCUUUGUGAUAUUGGACUAUAAAUGGAAGCUUACUUGAGGAUUAUAAACCAUCUGGUGUCCACUUCGAGGACCGAUUCCACGACUAAGUAAAGAGAUUUCCUUAGUGAGUAUUUUUGGCUGGGCUUCCUUCUUCCAUCUUUGACUUAAUUCUUUCCAAACCUUCUCUUCAAAUAAGCGAAUGGCAUCACACAAAUCGCCUGACUCGCAGAUUGCACUGUAAAGCAGAUUUAAUGGCGAAAGCAUAUAAGGUAUUUGGUAGUGGUGAGCGAUAGCUGAACAUACCUGACUAUUUCCUUUGUACAAGAAAUAAGAAAGCAAAUAUUUUAUCGCUUUUGUUUCUAGUUCCUUGACUCGUUGUUUUUCAGUGGCCGACAAACAAUGAGGAGCAUUAUAUCCAUGCAGUUCAACAUACCAUAUACUAAGGUUAAAUUCAGGGGCAUGUGCCUGUAGAGGAACGAUUUUAAUAUAUUUGCAAGCAAAUGGAAAAACAUUUGAGUUCUCUUUUUGUGACUGAAGAGUGAAAGCUUCUGUGUUUGAGUCAUUGGUAAGACCGGCUUUAAGAAGUAGUAAAAGAUGCCACUGAUCUCUGCCGCCAUAGACUGCAAAUCUAACUUGUUAAAAACAAACUCCAAAUAUCGAUUGUUUAGGCUUUACAUACUCUUUCAAAUUACAAAGAUGCGGUGCACAAUAUUUUCCGAACAAAAUGUCUGUGACCACGCAGGGUUCUUUUAAUUUUAAUAAGAUAAACUGCGUAUCUAGUUUUGAGAAGAAUUUGGAGUUUGCGCAACUCCAACGGCUUUCGACUUUUCGAGGUUCAUGUUUGGCAAUAUUGUACGGAUGAUAUUUCCCAGAAUAACUUGACCAGUCAUGAAUAGUAUAAGGAAGAAUUUUCUUUUCCAUUAACUCAAAUACUAAAUUCCAGCCUGUUUGGAAGACUUACCUAACAAGUGGUUUUGUGUAAGUUCUGCUACGAAUGUAAACAAACAUGGGAAAGUGCAUUUACGAAAUAAAACCGAGAAAAUCACACGAAAACGAAGUGAAUACUUUUGGAAUAGGGUUUCAUUUCUAAAGGAAGAAGGUCUACUAAUUUAAACGACACAUUUUUGAUUCUUUUCAGUUUGUUUACACGUUAAGUAAACAAAGCCGAAACAGGAUGAGAGGACCAUUCACAGACGAAUAAAAAGAUUAAUCUGACCCCUUUAAAAGAAUAAAAAGAGCAACAAAAAAAGCCUACAGCACCUCGGAUUCCCAUGUUGUCUCCAACCAUAGUACUAACGAGGCCCUCAGACGCUUAACUGCAGUGAUCGGACGGGAAUUGGUGUUUUCGCCUAGGUAUGGCCGUAGACAAUUAUACAUUUCACUAAAAACCUUUAUCUCUUGACGGGUGAUUACCGUGUAGACAGUCUUAUCAUUGCUUUCAAUAUAAGUAUUAUGCUCAAUUCUGCGAUCAGUGCGAACGUUACAACACUUUCAAUCCAUGUUUUUUUCUGAAAGCCCAAAGUUAUGUCUGCACAUAAAGUGCAGUCUACUUCUUGAAUCGGUUAGAAAAUUUUUUAUACGAACAACAACCAAGCCACGUAGAAAAUUUACGCGUCAUAGAGGACCUGUUGAUGCCAACUCUCAUUCUGUUUUCUAGGAAGGGUUGUGAUGUUGGUUAUUGAAGUUGGUCUUUUGUCUAGUAAACAAUACUUAUUGAAUGAAUAGCAAGGUACAUUCAGACUUGCGGACUCAGUAAUGAGUAUGUUUACUUUUUCUUGUUUGUUUCAAAGUAAUCGAAGUCAAGCUUAAUGCAUCUCUUCUUCUGCUUUUUUAUUGGGUUUGUAUUUAGCUUUGUUUGUAAAUAGGAAUGGAUUGUUUACAUUUUGUUACCCCAGCAACACCAGCUCCUUAAAGUAAAAGGACGCACACGUCUUUAUUUAUAAACAUAACAAUCAUUCCUCCUAAAGAUUUUUACUGCCAUUAUUAGGCGCCGCUAUACCGUUAAGCUUUACAUUUCUAAAAAAUUUCACAGUGUUUUAGUUAACGGUAUUUUCUAAUUAACAACAAUUCACAGCUUAACGACGAGAGUUUCAUAAGUGUAACUUAAUUUAGGCGUCCCUCUUUUGAUAUUGUUUUGUGCAAUCGGUUUCAUUCCAUUCCUUUCUUUUCGUAACGUUGCAUAUCUUACAAUUAAACAAGUCUUCUUUGUAAACAUUGGAUUCAGUUUUCGUUUAUCAAGAUUUCCUUCAAAAAGGUAAACCUUACAGAAAAGAUAUAUCUUGGCUGUCUUCUAUUUUGAUUUCUGGUAGAAAGUAUGGGGCUUAAACUACUUAAAUUUGUGUUUAUGGGAUCGGCCGUCUUGUGUACCUUAGUAGGCGGUCUUUUAUCCAUUCUCUGUAUUAUCAACCAAACACAACAUAACGUUGCUUUUCAAAAUAUAUACUUCGUUCAGCUCAACACCACCUCGAUGUUUUCUGUUAACAAUGCUACCGAGCUUACAAAAUCGAUAGGAGAUCAAAUUCAAGGUGAUCUGGCAACUCAAUUGUCUUCUGAACUUCAAAAUGAUAACGAGCAGAUUCAAGCUAUAAUCACGGAGCUGGAAAAGCAAAUGAAACAAAUUUCAGGCAUUCCCGAUUGGUAUUCUAUUGGUCUCUGGAAUUACUGUAAAGGCAACGCAACAGACUACACAAAUCCUACUUGGUGUAGUAAGCCUUCGCCAAAAUACUACUUUAAUCCUAUCAACAUGCUCGAAAACGAUCUUUCGAAUGCUGCGAAAACCCAGAUCAAUCUCCGUUUAUCUGACGAAGCCGAAUACGGUCUGAAAAUUUCCAAAGGGAUUUGUUAUGCUCUGCGAGCUAUGUAUAUCUUAGGUUUUAUGUUUUUCAUUUUCACACUUGCUUCAGUAUUAAUCUCUUGGUGCCCUUUUUUUGGUCCUCUUUUAGUCUCUGUAAGCUGCUUCUUCGCUGCAGCCUUUACAUUUGUAGCUGCAGUAAUGGCCAUUGCUUUUUAUCGGGUUGCUAGUUCUAAACUCGAGGAGAAUCUAACUAUGUUGAACAUUCCAAUUAUCUUAGGGAAAAAAAUUUACGCAUAUUCGUUUAUUUCCGCAGCUGCUGGUUUGGCAGCUCUAGUUUUGUUCUUUCUUGCCAAUUUAAGUACUUAUUCCCCUGUUUAAUUCUACUUAUUUAUUAGGUUCAUCCAUUUUUUAUUAUAUGGUUCCUUCACUCAAAAACCACUUUCUGUUACUUUCGUACAAUGAUACAAUCGUGUAUCUAUUCCAGCUUAUUUCGCUCUUUCGCUAUUUUUCUUCAUAUUGCUUAAUUUUCAUAGAUUAUAAUAAAUUAUUCAGCACAAAUUCCUAUCAAGUAGUCUAUAG